CAUGCAUGUGUUUACACCUUAAAAGGUGAUUCAUUUCUAUCUAAAAAUGAAAAUCACCCUAACAAAUUACACCUGCCGCUCCACUCAGUGCUCCAUACACCUGUCCUCCUUACAUGCACCUCCUUCUCUACUCCCUCAGUCAUGUUUUCCACACAGACUCCGCCUCAGCUUCUUUUCUCAGCUAUAUACAAUAUCACUCCCCAGGUGUACUUAUGAACAGUGGAGACUAAUCAUCUCACUGCAAUGGACCGCAUUGUAUUAAUGCUGCUGUGUGUUGCUCCAGUGGUCCAGUGCUAUAAAUCGGGUUUAGUUACGGCGAGCUGUGGAAGCUUGCACCCCAACCACAAUGGAAACGCUCCUCAGACAGGAGCAUCACCCUUUACCAUCACUACAGACCGCAACAGCUGCAAAGUUGGAGAGGAUGUCAAAGUUACUCUUCAGGGUCAGAGCCAAACCUACGAUGGUUUCCUUUUACAGGCUAGGAUUGUGGGGGGGCAGUCUCCUGUGGGCACCUUCACCCUGAUACCAACUAAUGCUCAGCUCCUCACAUGCAGCCAGAAAGCUGACUCUGUAUCUCACAAAGAUGGAUCUGCUAAGAACACUAUCCAAGUGACAUGGAAACCAGAUGCAUCACUGGCUGGGGAAAACAUUCAGUUGCAUGCAACCUUUGUGAAGAGUUACAACACAUUCUGGGUUGAUGUUACAAGUCCUGUCCUGAAUGUGUCUAGUGAUACUAAUGCUGUCACCAAGGUGUGUUUCAGUAAGCCUUCAGGCUGUGACCCUGCAGUCAGCGCUGGCUGUUAUUUCAUGUCAGCCAAGGUGGUGUCACCCAAUAAUGCAGCCAUCCGCUAUGAGAUGACAGGCUCUUCGGAUGGAUACAUCUCAAUUGGAUUCUCAGAUGAUCAGAUAAUGGGAAACGAUGACAUUUAUAUCUGUAGCAAAAGCAGUACUGGUACAGUGGUGUUGCAGCAUGCAUUUUCAACAGGAAGAAAAUCUCCAACACCUGUUUCUCUGGGGAAUGUUUCUGAUGUAAUAGCUUCAGUGCAAAACGGGGUACUCAGCUGUAUCUUCACCACCACGAACAGUAUUUCUACUCAGAGGUCCACUGGCUCCGACAGUACCUACUAUAUCAUGUUUGCCUACGGACCCGCCAGUAAUGGUAACGUGUACUUUCACAGAGAUACCUUCGUCAGCAGUGAAAAGAUUGAUAUAACUAAAGCUGCAAAUGUGGAAAGUGAGGAGACAUUUCCUCCAAUCAUCAAAGCACAUGGCUCGCUGAUGCUGAUAGCCUGGAUGACCACAGGAUCAGUGGGAAUGCUGGUAGCCCGAUAUCUGAAAGGAAUGUCCAAAGGAACUCAAUUCUGUGGCAAAGAUAUCUGGUUCCUGGUCCAUGCAGCACUGAUGUGUUUGACGGUAGCAGCCACAAUAAUCGCCUUCAUCCUCGCCUUUUCAUACGCCCAGGACUGGAGUGGGGGAGCCCAUCCUGUCCUAGGCUGCCUGGUGAUGAUCCUCUCAUUCUUCCAGCCCAUAGUGGCUCUGCUGCGCUGUGCACCACAACACCCAAAGAGAUAUCUGUUCAACUGGUCACAUGCUAUAAAUGCAGUGGCAAUAAAAGCUUUAGCUGUGGCAGCCAUAUUCACCGGCCUGAGCUGGGUUGAUGUCUCUGCAAACCAAUGGAUGCCGAAGGUGAUGGGCGGUUUCUUUGGCUGGGAAAUUCUGUUCUUCAUCUUGUUUGAUGUCCAUUUCAAAUGGAAGGUUAACAGGCCAGAAACACUGGGAUCAAAAGUGACCUCAACUGAUACCCUGCUGAUUGUGCUGUACUUUUUGGGAAACUUUUGCUUUUUGGUGGCACUGUUGGUUGGAAUUGGGAGAUCAUAAGAAGAGCUGUGAAAGAGCAUAAACAACCUGCUAAACUGACCUGGACUCAUCCAAAUUUCACCUAAACUCUACACAUCAACAUGACCUCCAGCUGCACCUCUCAUCCACAUGAUGAACCAUUGCCAUAUACUACAUACAUACAUACUUCCAGGGACCCUUUACAUGCCAUCUUGGUUGCCAUCUUGCUCCACCCAGCAACCACAUACAACAUCCACUUUGUUGCCGAGAGACUCCCAACUGAAAGUUCUUGUUAUUCUGCAGUGUCUGACACAUUUAGAAA